GGUAUUUAUACAACUAUCAUCGUGUGGACCGCCUGAUAGUUGAAAGUCAUGGACGAACCAAGUAAAUUCCUAUCAGGCCUCGAAUCGCGACUAAGAUAUAAGAUAAGAUAUAUUAUUAUCUCGGUCUGUGGAGUCACUAUAUUUUUAUUUGAUAUGUUUGUUAUUAUUUUCAACGAUAUUGCGAUAACAGUAUAACACAUUAACACUACUUGUGUCAAAUAAAUCCAUCCAGUCCAUGCAGUAUACUGAUUUGUGUGUCCAUGUUUUUUAGUAUCAAAAUACACCAUACACCAUAAUAAUUAUUAUAUAUUAUUCAAAUAUUCUUAUUUGUUUGUCUUUGCUCAAAGAGUAUUGUUAAAGACGUUUAUUUUUAGCGGUUAAUAUCUUGUAAGCUUAUAACUGUAAUAUUUGUCUCGUUUAGCAGUAAAUACCUAAUAAUAAUAAUAUGGCUCGUCACAGGAACAUAAGGACCACCCAAUAUUCUGAUGGUAAAAGUUAUAAUUUCUCAUUUAUUUUUUUCUUUUUCAUGUCUCAGUACUAAUUCAAUACUACUAUAUGUGUAUAUUAAACCAGUAUCCUUUGUGCAUUUUUUUUUCAAUCAUAAUAUAUUACUUAAAAGUCAAAAACAUUACAAAUUCAUGAGAAUUUACAAUAUUGUAGUCAAGUUAAGUAUAUAUUUAGUUAUAUAUCUAAUUAACAAAAAAUUAUAUUUUUUAGAUGAAUAUUACGAUGACGAUGACUAUUCUAAUUCGUUUGAAGAAGAUUAUAUUUCUCCAAGUGACGGUAACUAAAAAUAAAUUACUUAUUUAAAAUUUACUUUAAAAUUUAAAUUCAUUUAAAAUUAUGUUUUAGCAAUUUAUUUAAUCAACCAUAAACCAAAAUUAAAUUCCGAACAAGAUUUAACAGAUGCUAAAGUGAAUUCCUGUUUACAAAGAAUAACAGAAAUCUUAGGUAUUGAACUUGCUAAAGAUGUCGUGACUAAUCAUUUGAUUAACAAUGAUUUUAAUAUUGAUAAAACUGUUGACCAGAUAUUAAAUUCAAAUAUUGGUAAAUUAGAUUUUGCCUCAGCCAAGUAUAUUAAUUAAAUAGAUAUUAACGAGGACAUUAAUAAACAUUUUAAGGUGCUACAAAAGUUAAAGAUCUAUCAGGAACUGAAGGGAGAUUAAGCAGACCUCCUUCAGUUGUUAUUGCUUCUUCAUCUAAAAAUAAAGACAAUAUUAUUGUUGGUUUCGGAAAUGCAUCUAUUUCAGGUACAUAUAUAUUUAUUUAAAUGUAUACAUUUGCACUGUUUAAUGUUUUAUAUAUUUUUUUAAUAUUUUUAGGUUCAAAAAAUAAAAAUUUAAUUACAACACCUAAACAGACUCCAUUUAGUACACCCAUAUGUUCACCAGCUGUUACCCCUCGUAAUCGAUCUCCACAAAAUACUAAUUUAGGAUCACCACGUGUAGAUCGUAAAAUAAAUUCGCCUAAGUAAUUUUUAAAAAGUAAUGUAAUUUUAUUUUUAUUAAAAUCCUUAUAAUUUUUUAACAGGAGUAAUAAAGUCAGAGAUGAUUUAACAGUACCUUCCACUCAUAAGGAUCAACUUUAUUUAAUCAUAAUUGGUCAUGUUGAUGCAGGAAAAAGUACAUUAAUGGGACAUUUACUUUAUAAAUUGGGACAUGUACAACAGCGUACUAUACAAAAGUAUGAACACGAAAGUAGGAAGUUGGGUAAACAAAGUUUUGUAUAUGCUUGGGUUUUGGAUGAAACUGCUGAAGAAAGGUAAAGUAUAUAAAUAAAUUAUAUAAUAUUGUAAAAUAUUGCAUAUAAUAUAUUUGCAAUAAUAGAAACCGUGGUAUCACAAUGGACGUUGGUCAUUUGAAAUUUGAAACCAAAACUAAAGAUGUUACUUUGUUAGAUGCACCUGGUCACAAAGAUUUUAUACCGAAUAUGAUAACAGGUAAAAAAUAUACACGGUGUUCAACUAAUUUCCUAAACUAUAUACUAUUAUACAAAAUUAAAUGUAUUCAUUUUACACACCUAAGUCAGUUUAUAAUAAUAAUAGGCUAGUAUAAAAAGUUACUAGUUAUAGAAUUAUAAUUAUAAACAUCUCAAUGAUCCAAUAUAUUGAUGAUUGACUAUUUUAGUGCUUCUUAGUAUUUAUUUUUUUAUUUUUCUGAUGACAUGUUUUUUUUAUUAUACUGUAAUUUUAGUAAAGUCAUAACUAGGUGAUAUGUAGUUAUUUGGUACCCAUUUCUAUAUUACAUUACUCAUUUCUACACAUAUUAGUAAAUUUAGCUACUAGAUAGGUCACACACAGUAGAACUGAACUUUUAUGUGUAUGGUGCAAACAUUUCCCUAUCUUAUACACCCUCAAAAAUAUUUUACCAUUUAAGCCUAAGGUCAAAAUUUCCUAUAGGUUUUUUAUAAUAUUGUUUUAUACAUACAUCUAUUUGUACUAUAAUUAUAGGUGUCGAUUGGGGGUUGUUUAGAGGAGCUCAACUACCCAGAAAAUAUUCUAAGUCAUUUAAUUACUUUUUUAAAAUUAUUUUACACAAAUCAAAUUUUUUUGAAAAAUAUAACUUAUAUUAUUAUUUAAUGUAGUAUUUAACUAUUUAUAAAAUUAAGUUAUCAGUGCAUUGCUUAUUUUGUUUAAUUAUGUAUGUUUCUUUUAUGUGUAUUUUAAAAUUUAAAUCAUUAAUAUAUUUACUCAAUUCAUGGUCAGGUAGUUUUGCUCACUAAAUCUGACUCAAUUAUGUAUAUUAGAUGAAUUAUUUAGACCAUUUUGUAACCAGAUUUUGCUCAAAUUUUUAAUAUAUAAAUUAAAUUCAUGUUUCUAUGGAAAAGGGUGUGAUAAACAAAUAAAAAAAAAGUGUAAGGAAAGAAAUAAAUGGCUAGAGAAAAAAAAAUGUUUUAAAUAAAUAAACUUGCAUACCUGUUAUCUUGUUACCCUUGUUGCUAAUAGAAAAACAGGUACUUUCUUUUGUAGAAAACUACUACUAUUCAAUAUUCUUAUAUAAAUUGAAGUCUAAACAAGAUUAUGUUUGAAUGUUGGUUUUAGGUGCUUCUCAGGCUGAUGCAACUAUUUUAGUUGUAGAUGCAACUAAAGGAGAGUUUGAAACUGGAUUCGACAGUGGAGGACAGACCCGGGAGCAUGCACUUUUAAUACGAUCUCUGGGUAAAUAAUCUAUGAAUAAUUUAACUGAUUAUGAAAGUAUAAUUAUUAUAUAAUUUAAUUAUUUUUGUCCCAGGAAUUACUCAACUUGGAGUAGCCGUGAAUAAAAUGGAUACUGUUAAUUGGUCAGAAAUUCGAUUUGAGGAAAUUAAAUCAAAACUUGGACUAUUUUUAAAACAAGCUGGUUAUAAAGAAUCUGAUGUCACUUUUAUACCAUGUUCUGGGUUAAAUGGUGAAAAUUUAGCUAUAAAAGCAAAUGAAUCAUUACUAACUCAUUGGUAUAACGGUCCUUGUCUAAUGGACGUUAUUGGUAUGUCAAAAAAAUUCCUAUGUUCAAACUAAACAGAUAUUUCUAAAGAACUGAUGAAAUAAUAUAUAUUAACCUUUAGAUUCAUUUAAACCACCAGAGCGUGCAAUUUCUAAACCCUUGAGAUUAUGUGUAAGUGAUGUUUAUAAAAGUACAGGGUCAGGAUUUUCAAUUGUAGGAAGAGUCGAAACAGGUCAGUUAAGAGUUGGCGAUAAAGUUCUUGUGGAACCACAAGGAGAAAUUGCACAAAUUAAAAGUGAGAGUUAUGCUUUCCAGUUAUUUAAAAAUAAAUGUUUCAAAACAAAUGUUCAAUUUAAUAUACAGGUAUUGAAAUAGAUGAGUUGCCACAAUCUAUUGGAUUAGCCGGUGAUUUCAUUAGCAUUUCACUUAAUGGAUAUGAUGCACAAACUAUAUAUUCUGGUUGUGUUUUGUGUGAUAUUUCAUCUCCAAUACCAGUAACAUCGGUAUUAGAAGCUAGGGUAGUUGUAUUUAAUGUAGACUUCCCUAUUGUCCGUGGACAUCAAGUUGUAUUGCACUACCAAAGUUCAUCAGAAUCAGCGGUUGUCAGUAGACUGUUAGCAGAACUAAAUAAAAGUACUGGAGAAAUGAUUAAAAAAAAUCCUCGCAUAAUUAAGAAAAAUACACAUGCUCUAAUCAAAAUACAAUUAUCAAGACCAAUUUGUGUUGAGGUAUAUUCGGACAUCAGACAGUUAGGUAGAGUGAUGUUAAGGUCUAAUGGUACUACUAUAGCAGCUGGUCUUGUUACUAAAGUUAAUUUUACUAAAUAAUAAAUGU